AUGGCUUCUGUCUCCGCCCUCUUUGUUUUCUUUCUUCUCUCUUACCUCGUGUUGCUUCUUUCGGCCCAACCAGAAGAAACAUACAGUUCCCAUAACUGUCAUCCCUUUCGUUGUGGAGAUCUGGACAGGAUCGGCUUCCCAUUCGCCAAUACCACGCACCCAAAAUGUGGUGUUGGCAUCGUAAGUUGUAACAACGAAACUGAGACGAUUCAACUGGCCGUGACCGAUGAAAGACAGUACGAAGUUAUAAACAUCAGUUGGAUUCCUGACCAGCCUAAUGCUGCUUAUGUCCUGGGUAUUCGGGACCAGGAGCUUUGGGAGAACUGGGAUUCCGUUAGAUGCGAAUCCAUAAAGAAUUUGAGUACUAAAUAUAUCCCCAAAUCUCCAUCCAUCUCUUUUGAAAUCAAGGCAGACAUUCGGGACUUUGUCAGAUGCGACAGACCUGUCCCUGAUUUUGGGCUGAUAGAAUUGAAGAGUAUUAAGUGCAGAGACAAUUAUCAUGUCUACCACCAUACUUAUCCAAGCGAAGAUAUUCCUUCUGGAUGUUCCAUUAUUCAGCUCCCAAUAAAGCCGGGGCCAAGUGACGGUGAAACGUACAUAACCGGUGAGUUCGAACUUCGGGUGAGUGUGCGUGAUGAUUGUUCCGAGUGCUAUGAGAGAGAAGGUCAAUGCCAGAUUCACCUCAAGAGUAAAGUUAUUUGUGCAAAGGAAGGGAAGAGUACUAAAGUGUGGGCGAUAGCCUUGGGGGCCACUUUUUCUAUUGCCAUUGGAGUUCUAAUAGUCAUUGGCCUCAGCUUCAGGCGAAAGUUUAGAUCCAUUCAUGUUCUAAAUCUUUUGAAGAAGGAAAGUCUAACACAUCAGAGUGUCGAAAACUUUUUAAGGAAUAAUGGACCCUUUGGUAUAAGAAGAUACAGUUACUCGGAUAUAAAGAAAAUGACCAACUUCCUCAAAGAUAAAUUAGGCCAAGGAGGUUAUGGUAGCGUCUACAAGGGGAAGUUACAAGAUGGAUCUUUGGUGGCAGUAAAAGUUUUGAAAGGAUCAAUAGGAAAUGGAGAGGAAUUCAUAAACGAGGUUGCAAGCAUUAGUAGGACCUCACAUGUCAACAUUGUCACUCUUAGGGGCUUUUGUUUUGAGGGUUCCAAAAGAGCUCUCGUUUAUGAAUUUAUGCCUAAUGGAUCUCUGGAGAAGUUUAUAUAUAAAAAAGAUUCACCAUCUGAUCAUCAAUUGCAGUGGGAAACAUUGUAUAAGAUUGCAGUUGGCAUAGCUCGAGGAUUAGAGUACUUGCAUAGAGGUUGUAACACUCGAAUCUUGCAUUUUGACAUAAAGCCUCACAACAUUCUUUUAGAUGAGAACUUCUGUCCAAAGAUUUCGGAUUUUGGCCUUGCAAAAGUAUGCCCUAGAGAACAAAGUAUCGUAUCAAUGUUGGGCGCAAGAGGAACUGCAGGAUAUAUAGCUCCAGAAGUAUUUUGUAGAAACUUCGGAGGGGUCUCUCACAAAUCAGAUGUUUACAGCUAUGGAAUGAUGGUUUUGGAAAUGCUUGGAGGUAGAAAGAAUAUAGACGCUGAGGUUGAUCGUACCAGUGAAAUAUUCUUCCCACAUUGGAUUUAUAGGCGCCUUGAACUCGAUGAAGAACUAACAUUGCAUGGUUUCAUGACUGAAGAGGAUCGACAAAAUACAAAGAAGAUGACAAUAGUGAGCUUGUGGUGCAUACAGACUGACCCGUCAAACCGGCCAGCAAUGAGUAGAGUUGUCGAAAUGUUGGAAAUGAGCCUUGACUCCUUGCAAAUUCCUCCUAAACCUUUCUUGUCUUCCCCGUCAAGAUCAGAAGCUGAUUCUUCGACUAUAGUGGUUCUAUCUCAUUCUGGUUCUAUAGUGCCCUAAAAAGAAUCUUUUUCUUGGAUAUGAAAUCUUAAUUCUCGAAAGCAACUAUGUAUGUUUUUUAGUUUUAUCAAAUAAUAGCUCGUUGAUGCACCUUCAGUUAAAGACUUGCAUAACUUUGCUUGUCUAAAAUCUGUAGUAUUAUCUGGCUUGGUGGCUCGGUCCCAUCAUAUUAUUUGGUAUUAUCUGGCUUCAUCCCAUGUCUAGGUACUUAUCAAGCCCAUCUAAGGGCUAAUCGAGUACAUAAAAGAUAUGUUUCAUCCCAUUUUUGGAAGCUUUUGCUGAC